AUGAACUCAGAAAGUGAUAAUUUAUAAAAAGAUCAUAUUUAUCUUCAAGGUAGUUAAAAAAAAUAGAAAGAUAGUUUUUUUGAUCAAGAUAAAGUUGAUGAAGUUUUAACAAAAAGUGAACAAAACUCAAACAAAAAUAUCUAAAGCAUCAAAGAUAUUAUGCAAAGACAUAAUAAAAGUGGCUAAAAAAAACAAAACUUAGAUGCCCAGUAGUAUUUAAUAGACUUUAAGAAGUAUCUCUAAAAAAAGUAAACAGAAAAGAAAAGGAUCUAAAACAAUGACUUGGAAGAGUUUAUUUAAAGUAAAGAGUAAGAAGAAAGUUAAAAAAAUAAGCAGAAGCUUCCAAAUCGAUAAGAUAUAAUUUAAAAAGAGCUUAAUAAGAGAUUAAAGCUAAUUUCAAAAUCAAAAGAAGCAAAAUUCAAUGAUAUUGUAGGAGUUUUUAAAAAACUUGAAACUUUUAUUGAUAUAAAACCAUUUUUACAUGAUCUUAAUACUGUAAACAAUACGAAGAUUUAUAAUACAAUUUAAGAAUUAAAAUAAAGAAUUGCAGAGAAAAGAAAUUAAGAGGAAGUUGAAGUCAUGCUUGAAUAAGUAAAAGAGAAAAUAUAAAAGUAAGAAUAGGAAUAAGAGGAAGAAAAUAAAAUUUUAAAUAGAGGAAUGAAAUAAUUUGAGCAAAAGACUUAGCUAUUAAAAGAAACAUUUGAUUAUGUUAUGGAUUGGAAAAAAAGUCACGAUGUCACUAAAGGUAUUUUAUCUGAAUAGUUAAUUGAUCACUAUAGACUAUAAGACAAUUUUUAUUAAGACUUGAUAAAUAAAAAUGAUCCUGAUAUUGAUACUUAUCAAUUUUAUGAUGAUUUGAACAAAUAAUUGUUUAAGAAGAAGACUCUUUUCUAAAAAUUUAAUGCCUCUUAAAUUGAUUCAAGAAAAUCUUCAAUAAAUUAAAAUGCUUAAUUGAGUAACUAGGAUGAAAUAUAAAUUUUAGAUGAUUAAAUAGUAGGAUCAAAUAAAAAGAUAAGACUAAAAAAUUAAGAAGAAGAUAUUACUGAAGAAGAAAAGCUAAGGCUCGCAUAGCAAAGCAUCAAAACAAAGUUGCUAACAAUAGAUGGUUUUGAAAAAGAUAAUUAAAAAUUUUCAGACCAAAACUACUUUAACAAUUUUUAAGAAAAGGCAAUUCAAAUAAGAAAGAACUUAUAAAAAGCUACUGAAAUUGUUUUUAAGAAAAAAUGGGCUAAUGCAAAUGUUAAAUUGAAGAAAAUGAGAGAAGAUGAUUACAAUAAAGUAAUGAAGUAAAUUAAGGAGGCAUAAAAAUCUACUAAACAUAUAUAAUCAUUAUCUAAGAGUAAUUUAUUUAGCAAACAGGUCGAAUCUUAAGUGGCUAAGAUAUUUAAAAAUACCUAAAAUACUUAAAAUAGUUAAAAUAGUUAAGAUUAACAUUACCAAAAUGAGUUAAAAUCCAAAAGGAGCAUGUUCCUAAACAAAGAAAUUGCAUCGUAUAAAGGUUAAUAAUAGCAAAUAAGUAGAAAUAAUAGCUAUUAUUCUAAAGAUUCUUAAAAUGCCUAAUAGUAGUUAUAGAAAUCCCCAUAACUUGGUUCGGAGUAUUCUCAAUAAGAAGAUGACUUGGAUUAAGUUAAUUUAUCAAGAACAAUAGAAGAUAUUGAUGAAGAGUUUGAAGAAGAUGAUAUUUAUUCUAAAAAAUGGAAAUAAAUUUAGAAUGAUAAAAGACUUAGUCAGAGCAUAAAUCAUAACGUUUCUUCAGCUAAAUUAGACAGAUUAAGUUCAUUUAAUAACUCAAAAGAAACGACUCCAUAAAAGAUAAUCUAAAAAAAUUUUACUUUUAUCACAAAUAUCACAAAUAAAAAUUUCAACGAAACUGUUAGCCAAUAAAAUAAAAGCUAAUUCGUUACCUAAAUCAAUCCUUCUUCUUAAUCUUUGCUUUUUAAUAGUUAAACUAAUCCUUCAGUAAGCAGAAGAAAAUCCGUUAAUUUAUAAACUAAUAAUAAACAGGGAAGAGAAAGCAAUAUAAAUGAGCUUUAGAAUUAAUACUUCUUCCCUUCAUCUACUAGAACCCUUUCUAAUUAAAUUUCUUAGUUUAAAAACUAACACUAAUUUUAAUUUUAGACUUCUCCAUCUUAAAGUAAUUCUUAUGUUUAAACUUCUAGAAGAAAUACAUUUUAAUAAUUUAGUAAAUUGAAAAAUAGUAGCUCAGCCUAACUAUUAUAAAAAAAUACAAAUUAAACUAGCACCUUGUAAACAUUAACAAGUCGUAGCAGUAUACAUCCAUUCAAAAAAUAAAUUUUAAGUAUCCCUUCAAUAAGUAAGCAUCAAGGCUAAAACAGCUCUCAUCAUAAAAACCAAGAUAGUAAAAAUAGCUUAAAGAUCAAUAUAGUUGAUUAAAUUUAAGGUUAAAAAGAAUAAUAGUAUUUGAAAUUAGACAGUUAUUCUAUUUAAAAUCCACCAUCUUCUCCAUCUUAAAAGCAUAUUACUUACGAUCGAAGUUAUAGCAGAGAUCAAUAGAGAAAAUAAGUGGAGAAUUAGAAUGCAUUAGACAAACACCUUUUUGGAGUUAAAUUCUAGAAGUUUUUAAGCGAUAUUGACAAUCAUUAACUUAAAUUUGGAAUUACAAAAGAAAGAUACCAAUCAAAAAUUAACUAAAUUUAAAAAAAAUUUGAUAACGAAAUCACAAAGUUUGAACCUCCUAAGCUUGAUAUCUUUAAAUCAAUCUAAUUGUAUAAAUUUUAUUAUUUUUUAUUGAAUAAAAUAUAUUAAUUGGGCUAAAAAAAUAAAAUAAAUAAAUAAAACAUAGAUAUGACGAAAGAAACAUGA